AUGGAACUCAUUCACGGGACACAUAAAGCAUCCAAGUCUGCACGACAAGAUUUUAUCAGCAACAUGCCUGAUAACAUGGUAACAAACAUACUGGAUCGAUUGGCGUUACGUGAUGCAGUGAGGACCAGUAUCUUGUCGAGAAACUGGAGGAUUCUUCUUCAUCUUAGAGGUGCAAUUACAAAGUUUUUCCUCUCCAUAGACGAGGUAAUUGAUGAUGAAGAUGUCAAUCACUGGAUUUUGCUCUUGUCGAGAAAAGGAAUUAAGGAGCUCACUAUUAGGAAUUGGCAUGAACCACCACUCAAGUUGCAUACCCAUCUUUUCUCUUGUUUAGAAUUAAAACAUUUGACACUUUCUAACUGUUACUUCAAUCCUCCACCUACUUUUCAUGGUUUUCCAAACCUAUUGAGCUUAAAGUUGGUUGUGCUAUUUGAAGAAAACAACAACCUUGGGGCAUUAUUUACUGGGUCUCCGUUACUUGAGAGUUUGGCCGUGAAUGAUCGCCGUGGACUAGGGAAAGUAAAACUAGUUGAGUUUGCAAAACUUGAAAAUCUCAAAAUAUUAUUUUUGAUAUUGCAUGGUCCUGACUUUGAGAUGAUCAAAAGUUCUGGUACUAUUCUGGGUUCUCUUUCAAAACUUCAAGAGCUUCAUUUGAAUUUUAAAGACUGUCGUUUGACAGAAGGUGAUGCUAAUAAGAGGUUCUCUACCUCCAUUUUCGGCCUCAAGUAUCUUAGAUUAACUAGAAUAUGUUUAGACGAUGGUAUGAAGUUAUCAUGUGCUCUUGAUUUGAUUAGGAGCUUUCCGAAUCUGCAGACUCUUAUAAUCGUAGCAUUAAUGAGAAGACCAAACAUCUGUUUGAUGAUCACAGUCAGAGGUUUUCAAGAAUAG